AUGGAUGACGAAAAUGAGAAAACCUACAUCUGGGAGGGGGACUAUGAACGCACAUGGGAAGCCAUCAAGGAAGAUGAGACAGGUUCUUUGCAGACUGUCGUUGAUGACAUCUUACAUCGAACAAAGCGAAGGCGAUUGUUAGACAGACCUGCUAAUGUCAGGUUAGGAAUGUUGUUGGAGCAUUUCCUUGAAGAGUAUUUUGAUCAUAACCCAAUAAGUCAGGUUGGUAUACUAACAACCAGCAAUAAACGAGCUAACAGACUCACAGAACUUGGCGGUAACCCAAAACGACACAUCGCUGCACUACAGAAAUGCGUUGAUAAACAGUGUUUGAAAGAGCCAUCAUUACAGAAUGCGUUAGAGUUAGCAGCUACCACACUCAGGCAUGUACCUGGACACGCUAGUAGAGAAGUGUUGGUGAUAUUAGGCAGCUUGACAACAUGUGACCCUGGUAACAUACAUGAUACAAUUAAGUCCAUGAAAGAUUUAAAUAUCCGAUGCUCUGUGAUUGGUUUGUCUGCUGAUGUCCGAGUCUGUAAAAGGCUGUGUAGUGAGACUCAGGGUAGUUAUAGUGUUAUAUUAGAUGAACCGCAUUUUAAAGAGGUUUUACUGGAACAUAUAAAACCACCACUAGCCACUGCCAGUACAGAAUCUUCCCUCAUACGUAUGGGAUUUCCACAGCACCAGCUGCAUGCAGAAAAGGACAAACUUGAGAAGCCUUCCAUGUGUAUGUGCCAUCUUGAUUCCAAAAGCACGCAAGGAUUCAGCACCGGAGGAUAUUUUUGUCCACAGUGUAAAAGCAAAUACUGUGAACUACCAAUAGAAUGUAAAGCCUGUGGUUUAACUCUUGUGUCAGCUCCACAUUUAGCAAGAUCAUUCCAUCAUCUUUUUCCUUUGGAGUCAUUCCAGGAAAUCCAGCUGUCGGAUCUACAGGAAUCAGAUAGCAGGGUGUGUUUGUCUUGCCUGAGUGAAUUUAAAGAUAAAACAGUGUACAGAUGUGCAAGAUGCUUAAAUCUGUUUUGUAUAGACUGUGAACUAUUCAUCCAUGAUUCACUACAUACCUGUCCUGGAUGUACGAGUACAAGACCCAAAAUGCUGUAAUUCUCGUCUUAAGCGUAAAACCAAAACACC